AAGAAAAAUGACCACACCAAUUACUUGGGCUCAAGAAGUCAUCAUUUGUGAUAUAUGUAACAAAGCAGCAGUUUACCAAUUUUGUAAUAGCUGUCAGGUCAAACUCUGUGGAAAUUGUAUCAAUGAACAUGUCAAUGCACAGAAGCUACUUCCGCAUGACAUUGUUCCCUUUACUAACAGAAAAGCGAAAGUGGUAAGUCAGCAAUGUGAAUUACACCUAGGCCAGAGAUGUGAGGCCUGCUGUCAACAAUGUGAUGCAGUGGUCUGCAUGAAAUGCGUCAUUAUUUCACACAAAGGCCACGAUAUUGAAGAAAUUCCUGCCGAUUACUACAACAACAUAAAAAAGAUUAUGCUAGAAUCAGAGGAACUUCAGAAGAAAUUGGAUUUGGAGAGGCAGCAAAGUGAUGCACAGAAAUCAAAUAUUUCAAAAACAACAUUAAAAUUUGAAGAGCUUGAAAGCGAAUUAGAAGAACACCAAAAAUGCUGGCGUCAGGAAGUAGAUAAAAUCUUUGAAAAACACCAGAAUUUUAUUAGGUCCAUGAAAGACAAGGCGAUAAAAUCCCUAACCGAACAAAAUCAUGCACCAAAAAAUAUGACCGAGAGAAUGAUCGAAACUAUAAAGGAAAACAAAGAAAUCCUAAGGUCCAAAGUAGUCUCCAAAAUUGUCAACUACAAAUCAAAACUUCAGGAAUACGAAGCUACACCUAAAAGGAUUGAUGUAACCAUUCCUUCCUUAAAAGUAAACACAGACCUAGAUAAAGAACUAAGCAUAGAACUGGGAGAAUACAAAGCUACAUUAACACAGACAUUACUUGUCGGUAUAACCAAAGACGUCCCCGCGUUGUCUUCGACAGAAUUGCUUGGGAAAUGCAGAGUGAUUGCUGAUGUUCAGCAUUUACCGAUGUGCAAGUGUUUUUAUACAAUAGCCUGUGUUGGAUCUGAUGAAGCAUGGAUCGGUGUUGGAAGCUAAUUAAUUUUACG